AUGGCACCAGGUGGUGGCAGCAAGUCCAAAACAACUGAUCCUAGUUCGCCAUUUUACUUGGCUGGAUCUGACAGUCCAGGUCUCUUGUUAACGACUGUCAUGCUGUGUGGUGAGGUCAACUAUGACAACUGGGCCAAGCUCAUGAAAAACGCAUUGAAGGCGAAAAACAGUUUUGUGACCGGUUCAGUCAAGAAACCAGGAGAGGAUGAUGCCGAAGAGUGGCGCGCCUGGGAGAUGUGCAAUUCGAUGCUCAAUGGUUGGAUUCACAACACCAUUGAUGCAAAACUUCAACCAUUCAUCAAGGCUGUAUGGGACGAUCUGGAAGGCAGCAAAACUCGCAAGUCUUGCGAUUGUGGUGAUAAGUGUGUCAUUGCCAAAGCAAUCGAGGAGGAGCAAGAGCAUGAUCGCGUUUAUCAAUUUUUGAUGGGGCUGGAUGAAUCUACAUUUGGCAAUAUGAGAUCUCAUAUCCUCAACACUUCUCCUCUUCCUAGUGUCAACAAAGUGUACGCAAUUGUCACUCAAGAGGAGACCCAUCGUAGUAUUUCUCGCGUUCAAGAUGAGAGGAGUCAGGUAGUGGGAUACUCAGCCCAAACCGAUUCCAUGAAGCAGUCAGACACGUCCAUGCAGCAACGGAUGGUUCCUAACAAACCACAAGACAGAAUACCUUGCCCUCAUUGUGGCAGGACCAAUCACGACCCUUCCAAAUGCUGGAACGUUCAUGGUUUUCCACCAAACAAGAGUGCUGGUCGCAGACGAGGAAGGGGAGGACGUUCGGCAGGACGUUAUACGCAUGCUCAUGCGACGUUUGCAAUGGAUGCCUCACACCCAGUUGCUGCUAACUCUCUUCCUCCAGACGUCUCCCAUUCUGCCUCUUCUCAAGUUGCUGCACACUCCGUUUUGACCCCAGAAAUUGUGAACAAACUGUUAACAUUGGUAGACCAGCCUCAGUCACAUGAAAAAUUAUCUGGUAAGCGUAUUCAUUCUCAAUGGCUCAUUGAUAGUGGGGUCUCACGUCAUAUGACAGGCAUUUUGGCUUUAUUAGCUGACAUUACACCUAUUCCCCCUCUAUCUGUGACUCUACCAAAUGGUUCUAUUACUUAUGCUGCAAAACAAGGCUCGAUGGUGUUUAAUACAAACUUCAGCCUGUCAAAUGUUUUAUAUGUGCCUAACUUACGCUGCAAUCUCAUCUCUGUUUUCCAAUUGCUUCACUCCAAGAGCAGUAGCGUUACAUUUACUGAUAAAAAGUGCAUUUUGCAGGACCAAGUGCUGAAGAGGGAGAUUGGUUUGGGUGAACUUCAUGAAGGAGUCUAUGUGUUUCAGCCUUCAUGUGCUUCAGCUUCGGCAGUUCAAGCAGGAGAGUCAAUUGACUUGUGGCACAACAGGCUAGGCCAUGCAUCCUAUGAUAUUUUAUCUCUGGUUCCAGAAUUUAAAGAUUUGCAAAAUAAAGUAGUAUGUAAGGCAUGUGAAGUUUGUCAUCGUGCCAAGCAAACUAGAUCAAUGUUUCCUAUAAGUUUUUCUCGCAGCAAAGAAUGUUUUGAUUUAAUCCAUUGUGACACUUGGGGUCCUUAUCAAAAUUCUUCUUCUUCUGGUGCACGUUAUUUCUUAACUGUGGUGGAUGACUAUAGUAGGCAUGUAUGGGUUUUUAUGUUGGCCGAUAAAAGUGAAACUUAUGAUCGGAUGUGCAAAUUUCUUGCUAUGGUUCUGAACCAAUUUGGUAAAACCGUAAAAAUAAUAAGGUCUGAUAAUGGUACUGAGUUCAAAUCUAAUAACAUGGUGAAACUCUUGAAGGAAAAAGAUUAUACAUACUUGCGCACGUUCGGUUGUCUGUCAUUUGUUAAUGCAAGACCGAAACCAACUGACAAGUUUUCUCCACGUUCGCGACGAUGUGUUUUCAUCGGAUAUGCAAUAGGGCAGAAAGGUUGGAGAUUGUUUGAUAUAGAAGCGCAACAAAGCUUUGUGUCCAGGGAUGUAAAAAUUUUUGAAAAUAUUUUUCCUUUUCGCGAAGCUCCAGUACAAUCUGUUUCUGCCCCAAAUUCUCGUGUGCCUACAGAGCCAAAUUACUUUGACGAAGGCCAAAUUGUCCAUGACGGUUCUGAUGCAUCAAAUGACAGCCCAACGCCUAGUGGAUCAUGUGUUCCUCUGGACGAUAGGGGGAGUGUUUCGCUGGAAGCAACACCAACUAACGAAGUUGCCGCUAGGGAGUCCUCCUUACUAGAAAGAAGUUCGAGUUCUAGUGAUGCAUCAACCCAACAGCAGUUGCUGGAAGCAAAUCUGCGUCAAACAGUCACACGCCAGCACCGUAACAGGAAGCAACCAUCUUAUUUGCAGGACUAUGCAUGUCAAGUAGCUGAAACACAUACUCCUUCAUCUCUCCCUACUCAAACCAAUGUCACCUCAGGUACUCGGUAUCCUAUGUGCAAUUAUCUUAGCCUCACUAACUUUUCUAAGCAACAUCAAGAUUUUGUUGUAGCUAUUGACACAGGUCAUGAACCACGUACAUUUCAAGAUGCUAUGAGAGACUCCCGAUGGGUGGAAGCCAUGGGGGCUGAAAUCACAGCCUUAGAAGACAACCAUACAUGGUGCCUCACGGAUUUACCUCCAGGGAAGCGUGUUCUUCCAAGUAAUUAUCAGAUUGCCGGAGAAGAUUACAGUGAGACUUAUGCACCAGUGGCAAAGAUGGUGAGUGUACGUACAUUGCUUGCAGUGGCUGUAGCAAGAAACUGGGAGUUGCACCAGCUUGAUGUUCAUAACGCAUUCUUGAAUGGAGAAAUAAGUGAGGAAGUUUACAUGAGAUUCCCCCCUGGAUUCAGUAUUGGGUCUAAGCAUAAAGUAUGUCGUCUUACAAAGUCAUUGUAUGGUUUGCGCCAAUCACCCCGAAACUGGUUUUCCAAACUCAGCAGUUCGUUGACGGCAUAUGGAUUUGUUCAGUCAAAAGCUGAUUAA